GUCCGGCUGGCACCUGGGGUGCUGCAGAAGGCGCUGUCCGGCGGCGUGGUGCUGAACCUCCGUGGUUCCUCGCUGGUGGACCGCAGCGAGCCCCGGCAGCUCUUCGAGUCCGGGAUCCUGCAGCGCACCGACGGCUUCGAAGCCACGGACGAGCGCAAAGGCUUCGCGUGCCAUGGGGUGGACAGCGACCUGCUGCAGGUGUCUCCGGAGCUCUUCCUACCGGAGAACUUUUGCGGGUGCCUACCCGGCUGGGCCGGCGCCAGCACGAGCUGCAAGAGGUGCGCGAAUGACACUUACAGCGAGCGCUUCAACAGCAGCACCUGCAGAGCUUGCCCGGCCCAUUCAACCUCCAUCGCGGGUUCCAGUUCGGUGGAGAUGUGCACCUGCAACUUCGGCAAGAUCCACCUGGAUCCGACGGAGGGUGAUUACGUCUGCGGCUGUGUGGAGGGCCAGGCGCUGCAGGGCAGGAGCUGCGUGCCCUGCUUGGAGCUCCACCUGAACUGCUCCGCGCCGAGCGCCGUGGCCGCCAAAGCGCCGCCGCUCCGCGGCUGGGCGCGCCUGGAGCGCGCGACGGAGCGGACCUUCAGGUGCCUUGAGCCGGCGGAGGACCGCUGCAGGAACGGCACAGCCUUGAGCGCCUGCGCAGCUGGCUAUGACGGCCCCCUGUGCGUGAUCUGCGCUCCCGGCUUUCGCUCGGCGGGCAGCCUCUGCAAGCCCUGCGCCAACUUCCGCCAGAGCCGUCGCGGGGUUCUGGCGUUUGGUGCUGCGCUGAGCGUAGCGGCUCUGGUGGCUGGGGUGGUGCUGUGGCGCAGGCGAGCGGCACUCGCGGCGCUGGCGGCGCCGGCGUCGCCACCGCCGGAGCCGCGUGCCCGGGACGCGGUGCUGCAGCUGCUAUGCACGGCAGGGCCUCUGCUGCUGCAGCUGGGCCAGCUGUGGGUGGUGGUGUCCGCACUGGCGAUGGGCGCUCGAGUGGAGAGCAGGGUGCAGGAGGCUGAGGAGCGCAGCUUUUCGGAAGCCUUCAAAGAGCAGCCCUACGUCCAGUGGCUGCAGCUGUCGGCCCAGGGCCUGCAGACGGCUCUGAGCCUGGAGUGCUCCUUCGGCUCAGUCGCCCGCACCUGGGCGGCGCUGGUGGAGCCGCUGGCGCCGCUGCUGCUGCUGGCGCUCUGCGGCGUGGUGGAGCUGUUCUUCCGCAGCGCCGGCAUUGAUCUGGCGCUGAAGACGGUGACUUUGCUCUUCGUGGGGGGCGCCACGGGCUGCGGGAACCUCCUGGGCUGCCAGGAGGACGAUGGAGGAGGCAACCCCUUGGGCAAGCAGCAUGCCUUCCGUGUGGCCAUGCCAGAGUUGAAGUGCUCGGAUGCCACCUGGGUGACUGCGCUGGGAUGGCUUUGUGCAUUUGCCUAUGGGGUGUUGAUCCCAAUCUGCCUGCUGGGUCUCAUGAUGAAGCAGCACGUGACGCUCCAGGCGUGUAGAAAGACAACGGCGUGGGCCAUCAAGGAGGGCGACCGCUUGGUGGUACGCCUGCAUGAGUUCCAAGGGAAUGCUAAGGCUGCAGCGAAGGACAUGCCUAAGGAAGGCGGCGCUUCAGAGCCUCGGAAGCUGCUGGCGGCGGCUGUGGCGCACGCGGUGGUCUUGUUCCGCGGGAAGGUGCGCAUGCAGAUGGACGACGGUGGAGUGACCUUGGAGUUGGUGCAGGCCGCGGAGAACGUCGCUGAACCCUACGACUUCAGUGACAUGCUGCUGGAGAUCAAGAGCAGUUCCAACGCGCAGAGAUGCAACGCCAUUACAAGGAUGCUGAUGGAGCGCAGCAUCUUGGAGGAGGCGGAGAAGUCCGACCGAGUGUUGGCUGGUGCAAGAGGGCAUCUCGCCAAAUACGUUUGGUGCCAAGACGUUUGGGUGGACAUCAUGAUGAGACUUGCGACCGUGGGGCUUGUCUCGGCUUGCUCCAUGGAGCAUUCCCUGGGCUUCUCCGUUGGCAUCCCCCUGGUGGUGGGCAUCAUGGUGGGCGCACUGCAGCCCUACGUGCAGCGCCAGGACAACGACCUGCAGUGCUGCUGCUUCAUAUGUUUGGCAGCCGCGGCUGUGGGCUUCGACUUUCACCUCAUUUGGUUGGCUCGAGCUGCGCUCGCCUUGCCCUUUGUGGUGCUGUGCUGCCAGAUCAAGCAUCCAGAUUGCCCGGAAGCCUUGGCUCUGCGGCUGUUCCAGGCGCUGGAGCCGCACUUGGAGCGCGCAGAGCCCUUGGAGGCCGAGGUGGAGGAGCUGCGCCUCUGA